AUGCGAAUUCAUCUUGAAAAGGAGCUUCUCUCCCUUAAAUCGACCAAGGUAUACAAAUAUCCGGAUGAAGAUAUUGAAGAUCGUGUUGCCAAUGACGAAAGGAUAUUGCCUCAAAAAAGAUUUUUAACAAGGUUUUUGUGGAAUAAGAAAAUUCCUCCAAUUCCAAUGGAAGAUGAACGGAUAAAAUUUAGUUAUACGAAAAACAAUCUCUACGAAGAAGCAAGAUAUGGUUGGCUAGAUCCCCUCUUGUAUGUAGGAUACCGAAGAACAAUCGUACAUGAAGAUUUGUACAAAAUCGAAAAGGAUUCAUAUUAUGACGUUGAUAUGCUAACUGAUUAUUUUUACAAAAGUUGUCAACGCAGAAUUGUCAAAUGUGAAGUAGAAUAUUUGAGGAAAUCCGGUCUGCAAGAUAAUAAAGAAAAUAGGCUGAGAGUUAAGGGUGAUCCCAAUUUUCAUUAUUCCAAAAAUCUCUUGCUUGCUUCAAUUGUGGACACGCUCGGAUGGGAUUAUUUGGUAAGCAUCAUUAUUAAAGGCUUUAGUGAUAUCGCAACCGGCCUCAAUACUAUUCAGAUUCGUGCAUUAAUUAACUAUGUCCAUCAAAAAGUCAGUGGUGAGACGAGUGGUAAUAACGGUUAUGGCUACGCCGUUGGUGUUUCAGCAAUUCUGUUUUUUGUUGGAUGUUGUGGUGCACAUGGUUCAAAUAGGGCCGCAAUUGUAGGUGCAGAAAUAAGAUCUAUCUUAACGAAGGCUAUUCUUGAUAAGUCUUUAAAGCUCAGCAGGGAAUCCAGAGUAAAGUAUCCGCCAUCUGCAAUUACUGCAUUAUCCAGCAAUGAUGUUUUUAAGAUUGAUUUAGCUGCUAGUUACUUUCCUUUUGUCGUGUGUUUGCCAUUUAUCUUGAUAAUUACUAUUGUUUUAUUGUGUGUCAAUCUAGGUGGUGCAUCUCUUGCAGGUGUUGGGUGGUUUAUUUCCGCAACUUUUAUCUUCUUUGCGUUUACUAAAAAGCUAACUAAAUGGAGAAAAUCAGUUAAUUUGGAAACUGAUUCAAGAAUUAGAUACAUCAGAGAAAUAUUGAACAACAUGAAAAUGCUUAAGUAUUACGCAUGGGAAAUUCCGUUUUUCAACUUGGUCAAGGAUGUCAGAUCAAAAGAAAUGAAAAUAAUGUUGAAAAUCCAGUUUGCUAGAAACAUUAUCACUGCCUUUGCAAUUACUUUGCCCUUGUUUUCAGCAAUGGUGGGAUUUCUAGCAAUGUAUGGGCAGAAUCACGGUCUAAGAAAUGCUGCUAACAUAUUUUCUUCGUUGACACUUUUUAAUAUUUUGACACUAAGUAUUUCAUUGUUUCCAUUAGCAAUGAGCUCUGGUAGUGAUGCACUAGUUGCUAUCAAAAGGAUACAAUCCUUUUUACUUGCUCCAGAAGAAAUCCCUGAUCCUGAGUACCAUAAAUAUGUCUUUGAAAUUUCCAAGGACUGUAUUAACGUUAACAAUGGAUAUUUCACAUGGGAUUUUCGGCAUGAAGUUGAAUCUGAUGUUUCUAGUGUUGAAUCUGACAAAUCUUUCUCUUUGCAUCAGACAAAACAGGGUUACCAUUCAGUUUUAAAGGAAGUAAAUUUGAGGAUUAAACAUGGAGAAUUUGUUGUUAUCACUGGCUCCAUUGGCUCCGGCAAAUCCUCUCUUCUAGCUGCCAUAAAUGGCGAUAUGGCUCGUCUCACCGGCUCUGUCGAUAUUUCCGGUGAUAUUGUUUUGUGUGCAAACCCUUGGAUCCAGAACGCAACUGUCCGUGACAACAUCACCUUCGGACUCGACUAUGACAAGAAGGUUUACCAGGCGGUUGUCGAAUGCUGUGCUUUGCCCAGUGACUUUGAGAUCCUCCCGGCCGGUGAUAUGACGGAAAUUGGUGAACGGGGGGUCAAUCUCUCUGGUGGCCAGAAAGCCAGAAUCAACCUGGCCAGAGCAGUCUACCGGGCGUACACCAUGUCCGAGUAUAACAUCAUUAUGUUUGACGAUGUCUUGAGUGCCGUCGACGCCAAGGUUGGUAAGCAUAUUAUGCGUGAAUGUAUCUUGGGGUUGCUAUCCGGGAAGACCAGAAUCUUGGCAACCCAUCAGUUGUCUCUGAUUGGUGAAGCCGAUAGGAUCAUAUACAUGAACGGCGAUGGAACCAUUGACGUGGGGACUGAAACUGAGUUAGCUGGCCGAAACCGCAGUUUCAAGACGCUAAUGGAGUUUCAAAUGGAGGGAACAGAGCAUAAAGAGGAGGAAGUGGUGGAUGAGGACGAUGAAGACGCUGACGUUCAUGAAGAGGAGGUGGAGUUAAUCAGAAAACAGACAACCAAGAUUGAUCACGAUAAGGGGAAAACUAUGACUGUAGAACAUGUUCAAACAAAUGGGAUUUCCUAUAAGCUCAUAUCUGAAUAUCUGAAGGCAGGUUGUGGCAAGCUGGGCCCAAAAUUAGUCCUAGCAAAUUUGAUUAUUGCAAUUGCAUGUACCACCUUUUGCAUGUUGUUUGAAAACGUCUGGUUGUCUUUCUGGUCUUCUGGAAAGUUCAAGCAGUACAAAAAUGGCUUUUAUAUUGGCAUUUAUGUUAUGAUUACCCUGAUGUUUAUUAUUUGUGCUAUCUGGCAAUUUUGUACAGUGGCAUACAUUAGUAAUCGUUCGUCAAAAUUGUUAAAUAUUGCUAGCUUAAAGCAUGUGAUGUUUGCCCCAAUGUCUUUCUUCGAUACUACACCACUUGGUAGAAUCAUAAAUCGAUUCACUAAAGACACGGAUGUUCUAGAUAACGAGAUUGCAGAACAAGCUAGGCUGGUUUGUAAUGGCGUUGGAAAUGCUAUUGGAAUAUUAAUUCUAUGUGUUAUUUAUUUGCCUUGGUUUGCUAUAUUGAUUCCGUUUUUAAUUGGAUUUAUUGCCAUGUUAUUCUCAUAUUACCAAGCAACUUCCAGAGAAGUCAAAAGAUUAGAAGGCGUUGCAAGGUCAUUUGUGUUUUCUAAUUUUGAUGAAGUGCUACAAGGGAUGCCAACUAUUAAAUCGUAUUCUGCUUCAAAAAUGUUCUUAGAAAGGAAUUCCAAGAAUCUGAACCGUAUGAAUGAAUCAUAUUUGACUUCAAUUUGUCUUAUGAGGUGGUUUUCAAUCCCCUUACAUGGCACAUCUGCUAUUAUUACGCUUUUGGUCAGUAUGUUAUGUGCUUCUAAUGCAUAUCAUAUAAGUGCUGCUAAUUCGGGUUUAUUGAUAUCAUUUUGUGUUCAAUUCAGUUUACAAAUCAUCAGUUCAACUAGAGCACUAGGUCAGGUAGAACAAUUAAUGUCCUCGGUAGAGAGAGUUUGUGAAUAUGCAACAGAACUACCGCAAGAAGCAACUUACACGACGCCAGAAAAAGCUGACCUACCGACUAACUGGCCUGAACAUGGAUCUAUAAAGUUUGUAGAUGUUACCUUGAGAUAUAGGCCUGAACUGCCUUUUGUUUUGAAAAACAUGAAUCUAGACAUCCACCCAGGUGAAAAAAUCGGCAUAUGUGGUAGAACUGGUGCUGGAAAAUCCACCAUAAUGACAGCAUUAUACCGUCUAAGUGAGCCUGAAUCUGGAAAAAUUACCAUUGACGGUGUCGACAUUCAACAGAUCGGGUUGUUUGAUUUGAGAUCUAGGUUGGCCAUCAUUCCGCAAGAUCCAGUAUUAUUCCGGGGAAAUAUUAGAAGAAAUUUAGACCCGUUUGGUAACCUAGAUGAUGAUAUACUCCAAAAGGCCCUCAACUUAGCAUCGGGCGGUGAAAAUUUGAACAAAUACAGUCUCGAUACCUUUGUGGAUGAUGAUGGCUCUAACUUUUCACUUGGCGAAAGACAAGUGAUUGCAUUAUGUCGUGCGUUGCUUAGAAACGCCAAGAUUCUCAUUUUGGACGAGGCCACAUCCAGUGUCGACUACGAGACUGAUGCUCGGAUCCAAAGCACCAUUGCUACUGGUUUCCAAGGUUGCACAAUCCUAUGUAUUGCACACCGGUUGAGGACUAUUUUGAACUACGAUAGGAUCCUCGUAAUGGACAAAGGUGAGUGCGCAGAGUUCGAUACUCCACGGGCCCUUUGGGAACAGAAUGGUAUCUUCCGUAGCAUGUGCGACAAAUCGGGUAUUUUGGAAACGGACUUUGAUGUAUAG